AUGCCACCUAAAUCUCUCUCCCCUGCGAAACUCUCGCAAGUUCUUGCUCAUAUACACUCCCUAAAUACGGCACACACUCUAAAAGACCUCGAAAAGAUCAUUCCCGCAGCAACUGGCGUCUCAGGGAUGUUGGUAAAAGAUUACCUAACAGCACUCGUUGACGAAGGGCUCCUUAGGGUAGAGAAAAUCGGUAGCGGGAAUUGGUAUUGGGCUUUCCGUUCCGAGGAAACCAACACGAAACGGCGAGUUCUAAAGAAUUGUCUCGAAGAGAAAGAGAAGCUUUGUUUGGCGAUUUCAGAACUGAAAAGGGCAAUUGGUGAAAUAGGUGCCGAUGAGGGGGGUGAAAAGGAGGAAUUGGUGGGGAGGGUCCAGGAAUUAAAGGUGGUAAGGGCGGGUAUAGCAGCUGAGCUCAUGGGGUAUGAAGAAGGGAAUGUGAGUAGGUUGAAGAGAGAGAUUGACGAAAUAAAGGCCAGGGUUAAUCUGACUAUUGGUAAGUCUCACCCCCGCAGACGUAGGUUUAGGCUAAUAGGGUAG